AUUCCGAUCCAUUCUUGCAGCAUUACCAGCAUUUGCAGUCAACACGACACGCGCUCUAGGACCGCACAAAACGACAGCGGAGGAUAGCUUGUGGAAUUUCUAGAACCUGAGUCGAAAGGAUGUCCGAAGAGAGUUCUGUUUCCGUCCCGGCGGUCCGCGUCGAAUGGUAUCAAACCGAAACCCACGUCACUGUCCAAUUGAUGGCCAAGAAAGUGGACCCUGAGAAGUCUACAAUCGAAAUCUCAGCGAGACUGGUCAGAGUCGAUGCCAAGCUGCAAACCGGAGACGAGUACAAGAAAGACAUCGAUCUCUCUUUCGAAAUCAUUCCUGAACAAAGUUCCUUCAAAAUCAUGUCCACAAAGGUUGAACUGAAGCUGAAGAAGAAGGACGGAAUCCGCUGGGAGAAACUGGAAGGCGCGCCUGGCAUUGUGGUUCAGCAUCCGAUCGCACCUGUCGUGCUGCCCUCGUUGACCUCGAGCAAUGGACCACCCAAGUACCCGAGCUCGAGCAAAAAGCACAAAGACUGGGACAGUAUCAAAAUCGAGGAGGACAAAGAUGACGACAUCAAUCAACUCUUCCAGAAGAUCUACGCCGACGGCAACGACGAGAUCAAGAAGGCUAUGAAUAAGUCUUUCGUCGAGUCGGGUGGCACUGUCCUCAGCACAAACUGGAAGGAGAUCUCUGCUAGCAAGGUGAAUGUCCAACCACCUGAAGGCCAGGAAUUCAGGAAAUGGGACUAGCUGGCCUAGCUUAAUACUUCAUCUUAUUGUUUUAAUCACGCAACGCAAGCCCUCGUUGGCUUCAUGUAAAUUUUAAAUGUCUGAAUAAUCUUAACUUAGCGAUUAAGAAAACUCAUUGUCAUAAUUGUCGCGAGGUUGCUAGUGCAUCUGGUUUUGAAUGCAAGUGUUUCAAAUGCCUUCUUAGGUCUACUGAAAUUUGAAUAGCAACUCUUCGUGUGUAUCGAGUAAUUUUGACGGCUGGUGUAGCCUUUUACCUAAUAGCUCUAGAAAUUGACCGUGUGAAUGAUUGGGUAAUUUGGAUUGUGUAAAUGAAUUUGACAAACCGAAAAUAAAUUAGGAAAUCCACACUUAAUACUGGCAA